AUGGGGUCGGGAAACAGUAAAUGCACCCCUUUGCAAUGCUUCCUUAACAACUGGAAAUUGGCUACCAAAGAUGACGACUGGGGAUUUAAAUUGAAAAAGGAGAGGCUUAGGACCCUCUGUGAAGUGGACUGGCCGACCCAAAGGACUGGCUGGCCGUCCCAGGGCACCCUUGAUGGACAGUUAAUCAAUCCCUUAUGGCAGCGAGUAAUUGACAACCAUCCAGACCAGAUUCCCUAUAUUUCCACGUGGAAAACCAAUGUGGAUAAAAACCCCCCUUGGCUGAAGGCUUGCCGAACUGUUCCACCACAGGCAAGGAUCUGUGCCGUCCGGCAGCAGAAAUUACCUCCUGUUGUCCAAGACACAGAGGAAGAUGAGUUACUUGUGAGGCCACCCCCUUAUACACCCCCAGCACCGGCCCCACCACCACAGAAUAAUCCCCAGGAUAACCCCCCGAACCCAGUUGGUGGCAGCCUUAUCAACCCAAUCCCUGAGACUAAGGACCCCAGCAAAUCAGAGACAGAUAAGGAGGACGAAAGUGACGAUGGUGAAGAGGAUGAGGGGACAAUGUUAAGGAUGUUGGAAGAGAAGGUAGUGAAGGGACAGAAGUGGAGUAAGAAGCAAGAAGAAUGGAUAAAGGACUAUGUAGACCCCUAUAAGGACCAGGUGGAUGUUAGUCCCCACAUUUUAGAGGUGGCGCGCUGUGAGGAUGGGCGCUGGAAGAAAAAACAAAAGAGGUGGCUGGCUGCAGCACGUAGAGCUGCCACCCACCAUGAUAGAGAGAGAGAGAAGAAAGAUCUGGCUACAGCCGUGAUGCCCCUCCGGCGCGCUUAUGACCCACCAGGCCCGGCAGGACAGGGAGGGGCAGCAGCACCACGCCUUACACAAUCCAGCAUGUGCCUUUCUCAACUGCUGAUAUUUGCAAUUGGCGUAAUCAUAAUCCCUCCUUUGAGGAGAAUCCUGCCAAGAUUAUUAAACUUUUUGAAGGGAUCUUUAAAACUUAUGAUCCCACUUAUGAUGAUGUACAGUACCUUCUGGAUUCCCUCUUAUCAACUGAGGAAGUCAGGAGGGUCCACAGUGAAGCAAGGGCGCAUUUGA